AUGUCCAAACCCGUCUAUAAGCCAAAGGAGAACCCAACGCCUGCCUACCUCCCAACCAAGGGCUCCAUCUUGGAUGUCAACAAGGAGUUCUACGAUGCCAUCGCCAACACCAAGGCCCGCGAGCUGGUUCACCGCGAGAUCUGUCCUAUCCGUAGUGGCAGGGCGUGGAAAGUGCCAGCUGGGUCCAUCGUGCGUAUCACGACACCAGAGGGCCCUCAAGUCUGCGAUUUCAACGUUUGGAGUGCGGACAACUUCAGGGAGAGAUUGUGGGCAGCAAGAACCAGACAGUUACAAGGUGCACAUGUUCGUAAGUACGACCGCCUGUGGUCCAACUUACCGUACUUGAGACCACUGCUGACCGUCACUGGCGACUCUAUCAGGGACCGUAUGGAGAUUGAUCAGAUCCACGACCUGCUGGGAACGAGAUGUGAUCCAUACGUUGAUACUCUUCUGAGUGGUGAGGAUAACGAUUUCCACUGCCAUUCCAACUUGUACAGAGCGAUCAUCCCAUACGGAGGCACUGAGUUUGACGUGCAUGACGUUCUGAACAUCUUCCAAGUGACAGGGUUGGAUCACAAGGGCCGUUACUACAUGGAGACGUGUCCUGCGAUCCCAGGUGACUACUUUGAGUUCUUUGCAGAGGUUGACCUUCUGUGUGCAAUCAGCGCAUGUCCAGGUGGCGAUUUGAGUGCGUGGGACUGGGGUGAAGGAGACGAGGACACCAAGGUUGACAUGGUUGAUUGCUGCAGACCACUGGGCAUCGAGGUCUACAAGAUCACUGACGAUUCUCUGCUCGAGGGUUGGGAACAGCCAAAGAAUGCCGGCUACAAGGGAUGUCACGGGCUGAAGUUCCCAGUCUUUGAGAAGGAGCUCAAGUGA